AUGGUAACAUUAAUCGCCAAAAUAAUACCAGUACAACCAAUUGGUACAGGACCGUCGCCAUCUACAUCAACAAUUGCUUAUAAUUUUUAUACAAAUAAUAAUAAUAAUAAUUUAAGAUCUUCAAUAAAUCAUCAUCAUCAUCAACAACAAUCGGAACAUCAUAUACAACAACAACAACAUCAACAUCAUCAUGAUCAUCAACAACAUCAAAAUGAUGAUUCAUAUGAAUCAAUUUCGUCAACAGAUAAUAUUGGAAUAAUCGGGGGUAAUUGUACACUUUCACCAACAUCAAAAAAACCAAGACGUAAUCGUACAACAUUUACAAGUCAUCAGUUGACUGCUUUAGAAAAAAUUUUUGAAAGAACUCAUUAUCCUGAUGCUUUUGUAAGGGAAGAAUUAGCAAAUAAAGUUGGAUUGAGUGAGGCUAGAGUACAAGUUUGGUUUCAAAAUAGAAGAGCAAAAUUUCGACGAAAUGAAAGAAUUUCAAAUGGCAAUAAUAAUAGUCACCGAAACACAAGUUGCCUAACAUCACAACCUAUUCCAGCAAUUAAUAAUAUACAUAAAAUUGAGAAAAAUUCAUCUAAUUUAUAUGGACAUCAACAAAUGGAUUUUACAACGGCGGCAGCAGCAGCUGCAGCUGCAGCUGUACAUCAUCAUUCAGCACAUCCAUAUCAUUUAGGUUUUCCAACUGGGUUAAGUAUGUUCUCAUCAUCGACAGCACCCACUCCAAAUGCAAAAUCUUAUUCAAAUUCAGUUCCAUAUGGUACAUUUGCAAAUGAUCCAGUAAAUAGUUCAGCAUGUUCUUCUUAUUUUAAUUCAAAUUAUUGCUCAACAAAUUAUCAAGCACAUCAUGGUUUUGGUAGUGUAUCAGCGGCUGCUGCUGCUGCAGCUGCCAUACGAUAUAAAAGUCAAGGAUUUUCAACUUUGUGA